GUUAUUUAUAAAGCUCAGUACUGUAUGAUAAACUGUAUCUCAACAAAGAAAACCAUUAUUUUCUGUUCUAGACUUUCAGACUGCAGUAUCACAGAAGAAGGUUAUAAAGCUCUGGCUUCAGCUCUGAGAUCAAACCCUUCACACCUGAUAGAGCUGGAUCUCACAGGAAAUGAUCCUGGACAAUCAGGAGUGAAGCAGCUCAGUGAUUUACUACAGGAUGAACAAUGUUCAUUAAAGACCAUCAGGUUUUUGAAAAGUCCUGCUGCAGAGGAAGCGUGUGAGUAUCUCACUAAAGUUCUGGGUACAAGUCCAUUAUUUCUGACAGAACUGGAUCUGAGUGAAGAUAAAUUAGGAGAUCUGGAUGGAGAGAAACUCUCAUCUCUUUUGAUGGACUCCCAUAGCAAACUGGAGAAAAUGAAGCUGAAUAAUUGUGAUCGGACAGAGAAAAGCUGUUCAGUUCUAGCUACUGUUCUCUCCUCCAAAACCAUCCUGAAAGAGAUGAACCUGAACAACAGUCGUCUGCUGGACUCAGGAGUCAAAGAGAUCUUUGAGGGACUGAAGAAUCCUGUGUGUGAGCUGAAGAUACUCAAACUCUCAGACUGCAGUAUCACUGAAGAAGGUUAUAAAACUCUGACUUCAUCUCUGAGAUCAAACUCACACCUGAUAGAGCUGGAUCUGACAGGAAAUGAUCCUGGAGAAUCAGGAGUGAAGGAUGUCAUUGAUUUACUGCGAGGUGGAUGCUGUAAAUUAAAGACUGUCAGGUUUUUGAAAAGUCCUGCUGCACAGAAAGCAUGUGAUCAUCUCACUGAAGUUCUGGGUACAAAUCCGUUAUUACUGAAAGAACUGGAUCUGAGUGAAGAUAAAUUAGGAGAUCUGGAUGGAGAGAAGCUCUCUGCUCUUUUGAUGGACUCUCAUAACAAAGUAGAGAAAAUGAAGCUGAAUAAUUGUGAGCUGAUAGAGAAAAGCUGUUCAGUUCUAGCUACUGUUCUCUCCUCCAAAACCAUCCUGAAAGAGAUGAACCUGAACAACAGUCGUCUGCUGGACUCAGGAGUCAAAGAGAUCUGUGAGGGACUGAAGAAUCCUGUGUGUGAGCUGAAGAUACUCAAACUCUCAGACUGCAGUAUAACUGAAGAAGGUUAUAAAGCUCUGGCUUCAGCUCUGAGAUCAAACCCUUCACACCUGAUAGAGCUGGAUCUCAGAGGAAAUGAUCCUGGACAAUCAGGAGUGAAGGAGCUCAAUGAUUUACUACAGGGUCCAAACUAUUCACUGAAAACACUGAGGUUUUUGGGUCCAGCUGCAGAAGAAGCCUGUAAAUAUCUGACUGACGUUCUUCACAUUAAAAACCCGUUACUCCUGAGAGAACUUAAUCUGAGUGAACAUGAACUAGGAGACACACGAGUGAAUCAGAUCUCUGCUCUACUGCAGGAUAAACACUGUACACUCAACACACUGAUGUUGAAGAAUAACAGUAUUACAGAAAAAGGUUGUGCUGCUCUGAUUUCAGCGUUUUAUUCAAAUCCUUCAAACCUGAUCGAGCUGGAUCUGAGUGGAAAUAAACUCGGAAACUCAGGAAUAGAGAAGAUCUGUCUUCUGUUGAAAAAUCCUCAAUGCAAAUUGAAGCAACUAAAACUUUCAGACUGCAGUAUCACAGAAGAAGGUUAUAAAGCUCUGGCUUCAGCUCUGAGAUCAAACCCUUCACACCUGAUAGAGCUGGAUCUCACAGGAAAUGAUCCUGGACAAUCAGGAGUGAAGCAGCUCAGUGAUUUACUACAGGAUGAACAAUGUUCAUUAAAGACCAUCAGGUUUUUGAAAAGUCCUGCUGCAGAGGAAGCGUGUGAGUAUCUCACUAAAGUUCUGGGUACAAGUCCAUUAUUUCUGACAGAACUGGAUCUGAGUGAAGAUAAAUUAGGAGAUCUGGAUGGAGAGAAACUCUCAUCUCUUUUGAUGGACUCCCAUAGCAAACUGGAGAAAAUGAAGCUGAAUAAUUGUGAUCGGACAGAGAAAAGCUGUUCAGUUCUAGCUACUGUUCUCUCCUCCAAAACCAUCCUGAAAGAGAUGAACCUGAACAACAGUCGUCUGCUGGACUCAGGAGUCAAAGAGAUCUUUGAGGGACUGAAGAAUCCUGUGUGUGAGCUGAAGAUACUCAAGCUCAGUAACUGUGCAUUAACAGAGGAAAGCUGUUCAGCUCUUGCUUCAGUUCUCAGUUCAGACUCCAGCAGUUUGAAGGAUCUUGAUCUGAGCAAUAAUACUCUGAAGGAUUCAGGAGUCGAGCUGAUCUCUGAUGGACUGAAAGACAACUGUAAACUAGAGAAGCUCUGUCUUUCAGACUGCAGUAUCACUGAAGAAGGAUAUAAAGCUCUGGCUUCAGCUCUGAGAUCAAACCCUUCACACCUGAUAGAGCUGGAUCUCACAGGAAAUGAUCCUGGACAAUCAGGAGUGAAGGAGCUCAAUGAUUUACUACAGGGUCCAAACUAUUCACUGAAAACACUGAGGUGAGAUGU